GACAGAUGUGCACCAUUUCCGGCACAAACAUAUGAACGUCAGAGCGGUGAAAACAUGAGAGGUCAAAAGUUAAUAUCCUGAUUUUAAUAGUAACGGAGCAUAAUUCAAAGACAUGGCCAGUUCCAUGGUGGCAGUGGGGCUGGCUCUGGCUGCAGCCGGAUUUGCAGGUCGCUAUGCCAUGCAGGCCUUCAAGCAGAUGGAGCCUCAGGUGAAACAGGCCCUUCAGAGCUUCCCCACGGCGAGUUUUGGAGGAGGUUACUAUAAAGGUGGAUUUGAAACAAAGAUGAACAAGAGAGAAGCUGCGCUGGUUUUAGGUAUCAGUCCCACAGCCAACAGGAAUAAGAUCAGAGAAGCCCACAGGAAACUGAUGAUCCUAAACCACCCAGAUAGAGGUGGAUCUCCCUACCUAGCAGCGAAGAUAAAUGAAGCGAAGGAUCUGAUAGAAGGCCAGGCAAAGAAAUAGAAGUAAAGAUGUUGAUGAACCCAACGAUUUCACACCGCUCUUAUUCAAGCUGUUGCACUGACUGACUUGAACGAACACCAGGAGUUUUCCAACUGAUUGUUCUCAAAUAAAUCACACUGUACACAUUGUUUCUGGAACUUUGCCUCAUUGUUAUUAUGUCAUAUUGUAGUUAAAUUAUGAGUGCUAUGUGGGAAUUAUUGCCUUAAGGUGGUUUUCUACUCAACAGGAACUUUUGAAUAUCAUCCUUUUGGUUUGAAAACGGUGUCCUGUAAGAGUUCUGUAAAAUGCUGUGAUAUGUUUUGGGGAUUAUUUCCACUUAUCGUGAAAAAUAAAAAAUUCUGCAGACCACAA